UUUGAGGCAUCGCCAGAUUUUGUGGAGAUUUUUCUGGAGGUUGAGGUAGUGGGACGUGCGUUAUUUUUUGGAGGAGAACCCAGUGAGAGGCCACGUUUGGAAAAAGUUCCCCACAUCGUUAUAAAACCCCAACAGGUUGACGUGUCACCAUGACAACAGAACCCGGCUCUGAGACAGAGGUGAAGGAGAAAGCCGAGGAGUCAGCCACUCAGCCGGACCAAUCGGAUCAAUCGGACCAAUCGGAGAAGGCGGCGGAAGAGACCCAGGAAGUAGCCAACGCCGAGGGAGAGGAGAAGGAGAAGGAGAAAGAGAAGGAGAAGGAGGGCAAAGAGGGGAAAGGAAUAGCUCGAUACCUGCCAACAUGGCUUAAGAAGCAGAAGUCUCAGAGCCAGACCUCUCCGACCAAGGAGGUGCCGCCCACAGAGGAAGCCGUUACCAAGGCGACACAGAACGAGGACGAGUCUGCCCCGGAAGUGAACGGUCACGCAGAGGAAGAGGAAGUGGAAGAGAAGGAGGCGGUGAAGUUGGUGAAGGAAAAAGAAGCAGAGUCUCAUUCCAACGCCAGCGCAGACACUGAGCCCGCCAAGGAGGAGAAGGUUGAAGAGACUGCUGAGAAAGGUCCAGAGGAAACCCCAGUGAGAGCAGAGGGUGAAGGAGCAGAGGAGCAGAAGAAGGAGGAGGAGCAGGAAGGUAAAGAGGAGGAGGGAGGAGAAGGAGGAGGAGAAGGCCAGACUUCUAUUUUCCAGUCUCCUCUUCGCCUGGUGAGGAAGGCCAGGAUGAAGCUGAUGGUGUGUCACGUGACCCUCCUGGACGGGACCGACUUCACCUGUGAGGUGGAGAAACGUGCCAAGGGCCAGUUCCUGUUCUUUAAGGUGUGUGAGCACCUCAACCUGAUGGAGAAAGACUACUUUGGACUCUCCUACACGGACAGUCGUGAACAGACGUGUUGGUUGGAUCCCACCAAGGAAAUCAAGAGACAGAUACGCAAUAACAACUGGAAGUUUGCAUUCAACGUCAAGUUCUACCCUCCUGACCCCUCACUGCUCACCGAAGACAUUACCAGGUACCUGUUGUGUCUGCAGCUCCGUGAAGAUGUGUCUUCUGGAAGACUGCCUUGCUCGUUCGUCACUCACGCUCUGCUGGGCUCGUACACGCUGCAGGCAGAAUUUGGGGACCACGAACCCGACCAGCCCCGGCCCCUGGACAACGUCGGUCAGCUGACCUUUGCGCCCAAUCAGAACAAAGAGAUGGAGGAGAAGAUUCUUGAACUCCACAAGUCUCACAGGGGAAUGACACCAGCACAGGCCGACGUCCAGUUUCUAGAAAAUGCCAAGAAACUGUCCAUGUACGGGGUGGACUUGCACCAUGCCAAGGACUCUGAGGGCGUGGACAUCAUGCUAGGUGUGUGCGCCAACGGGCUCCUGGUUUACAAAGACCGGCUCCGGAUAAACCGCUUUGCUUGGCCCAAAAUCCUCAAGAUCUCCUACAAGAGGAACAACUUCUACAUUAAGAUCAGACCUGGAGAGACGGAGCAGUUUGAGAGCACCGUGGGAUUCAAGCUCCAGAAUCAUCGAUCUGCCAAGAGGCUGUGGAAAGUCUGCGUGGAGAAUCACAGCUUCUAUAGGUUAACGGUACCAGAACAACCCACCAAGGCCCGCUUCUUGACUCUGGGCUCCAAGUUCCGCUACAGCGGGAGAACCCAGGCCCAGACCCGCACGGCCAGCUCCCUCAUAGACCGACCCGCACCCAACUUUGAACGCACCUCGUCCAAACGUAUCAGCCGCAGUCUGGAUGGAGCACCAAUGAUCAGCAUAACUGAAGCUACAUCUGAGAACGGACGUGAGCCGCACCUGGAGCUCCACUCUGACUCUAAGAGUCCAAUGAGAGUGCAUGGGGACAAUAUUUAUGUGAGGCACAGUAAUUUAAUGUUGGAGGACCACGAUAAGACCCAGGAAGACGUUCUGAAACACCAAGCUAGCAUUAGCCAGCUAAAACGCUCCUUUAUGGAGGCGCCACCUCCCUCUCCUCCACAGCCCAACCAGUGGGAGAAACGUCUCACCUCCUCCCCCGCUACAACGAUACGUAUUCAACAGCAACAGCAAGUGGAGAGUGUGCCCCGAGCGGAAGCAACAGCUGCAGCUGAUAACACGAUCUCUGAUACCAAAGAACCCGUGAAGACAACCGAAGUUGAAAUCGAGGAAACCGUUGUCGUCCAAGAGGUUUCCAUAGCGCCCAAACCCGGACUGGUCACGGUUACGACCAGCUCCCCUGCUGGCCCACCAGCAGAGCAGGAAACACCAGAGCAGGAAGUGACAGUUGAAGAGGAAGUAGUGGUGAAGGAGGAAGUGAAAGCGGCAAAGCAGGAGAGCGUUUCAUCCGAGAGCGAGAGCGAAGACGAAGCCGAGUACCAUCCGAACAUCUCCCUCUGCCACACACAAAUACCAGAGGAGAAGGAAGAGGAGGAAGAAGAAGAGCAGCAGCAGCAGCAGGAGGUGGAGAAGGAGGAGGAGGAGGAGAAGAAGACGGCGGAGCAGGAAGUUUCAGCUCCAGAUGCUCCUUCCAUUUCCCUUCCAGCUGAAGUCAGCCAACCUGAAGAGGCAACCAGACUAGAGGAAGAGGAGUCCAGGAACGAGGAGAGGAAUGCAGAGGAGGAGAAAAAAGAUGACAGGGAGACGGAGGAGACUCCCGACAAUCCGAUGACGACCCCCAACGAACCCCCCAAUGGUCACCACGUGCCGGAGGAGAGCGCGACCGAAACCGACGCCCCCGCAGAGGAUGAGGAGGAGGAGGAGGAGGAGGAGCCCAAAAUGAACGGAGAAGCCUCUCUGGUUGAAGCAGAACACCGGCCACAGGUUAUUAGUUGCUCUGAGCCACCCGUGGUAAAGACAGAAAUGGUGACUAUAUCAGACACGUUCGCGGCCCAGAAAACCGAGAUAGCUACAAAAGAAGUGCCCAUCGUACAUACGGAAACCAAGACCAUCACAUACGAAGCCGCACAGCUGGAUGGUAAUGGCGAUGGCGAGCCUGGAGUGUUGAUGACUGCUCAGACAAUCACCUCUGAAUCUCUGUGCACUACCACGACCACACACAUUACCAAGACGUUAAAGGGCGGCCUAUCAGAGACGAGGAUCGAGAAACGCAUCGUCAUUACUGGCGACUGUGACAUCGACCACGACCAGGCACUGGCCCAGGCCAUUAAGGAGGCCAAAGAGCAGCAUCCUGACAUGUCUGUUACCAGAGUGGUGGUUCAUAAAGAAACUGAACUGGCUGAGGAGGAGGAUUGACAGAACGCAGAGUUGAAGGGCCCAUCAUGACAAUUUUCUCUGUUGACGUCAAACGACCUCCAUCAUCUUACGACAACCGACCUUGACUGACUGAAGAGGAGGAGGAGGAGGAGAGCGGAAAAGCAGAAGCAGAAGGGGUAGACAAACGGGAGAGAAGUUGCCAAUCUCUCUCCCCAAAUCAGUCUCUCUUACAUGUCUGUGGUGCGUUUAAAAAAAAAAACCCCACUCCAAAAAACCAAGUAAAACUAAAAAAAAAUAACGUCCCCUCUCUCUCCGAGGGAACGAAAAAGAACCACUUCGUUAGCUUAAUAUUUCUAGCGUGUUUCUAUUUUUUAAUAGUGCUUUUUUUUUUUUUCUUUCUUUUAACUGUCUUACAAAAUGAGAUAUAGUGUGUCUGUUAUGUUUUUUUUGUUUUUUUUUCAAACCUUAAAGCUGCAGGAAUGCACCGAUGACCAAUCCUGCUGAGAUACGAGGCUAAAAUAUGAUUAUCGUAUCAUUGUAACAGUGACCUUCAAUAACUCACGCACUCACUCAAAAGUCAAAGCAAAAACGAUGUAAAGAUGUGGGCGAUCUGAGAUAGAGAAAGCAUUCUAAUAGUCAUUAUUCAUUUGUUUAAAGUUUAAUUAAUUUGACGCUGAAGUUUUUGUACUCUUUUGUUUGGAAUUGGUGCAUUCUUAAUUAUUUUUUUGUUAAAUUACAGCUCCCUCUCACACUUCACUAUGUUGUAAAUGGAGAGUAACAUAAUAUAACAGUCAUUUUAUAAAUUGUUACAGUAACAAGUAGGACUGCAGGAACCACAAUCACACAACCUGAUUUUUUUUUUUUUUUUUUUACUAUUUCAGAGCGUAACAAAAUCAAACUAAUUAAAACACAUUCACUCUCAGAUGAAUUGUAGCACCAGCUGUGUCACAUUAUCACACUUUAUUACUAACGAUUACAAUAAACAGGGAGCUGUAACUUAAAAUAUUGCGGUUAAAAAAAACAAUCAACCAUUUAUUGUUUUAUUUUUUUUAUGAUUGUCUCGUUUUUUUUCUUCUGUAAGUAUAGAUAUUAUUCAUCCACAUUCCGUGUGUGUCGACUGGCGGCUCAGUGAGUUCAUUUUCAGUUCACUUUUUACUCGACUUUAAGAAGAGAAGACUUUUUACCAUUUUACUGUAGCUGGGAAUGGACAUUGACAUUAAUUACGCUCGAGACGCCAGAUGAUGAGUUAAUUCCUCGUGAUAUAUUUGUAAGUUUUACUGUAUUUUAGAGUAAAUUUUUACUAAACGGACUGAAAAUGAACUGACUUUAACGCUGGUGUAUGCACCUGUCUGUACAGUGAAAAUGAAGGUUAUUAGAUUGGGAGCAGAAAUGCAGUUUUUUUUUUUUUUUCAGUAGCUAAACGCUCUCCCUGGGCCCGCCCACUUUGCGACACUAGCCAUUCCCAUUGGGCCACAGGGAGGCACGGGAGCAGUAAACUGACUUUUGAUUGGGAGAGAGAACCAGUAAACUUAAAGCAUAACUGGGAGAUGGAGGCGGGGCGCUGUGUAGUGCCAAGUAUAACAACGUGGGAGUGAAGAAGAAUCCGAUGCAUGUUGCAUGUUGCUCUCUAACCAGGGCAGAAUUCAAACUCAUUAAGUUAUUUUGCAUCCUGAAAUGAGUUAAAGCUGUUUGGAUUUUCUUGCUUAAAACACAAUCUGCCAUUCGAGCACAGGUACCAAAAUGAGGACACACAGUUGGACGAACACUUCAGUCUAAAAUUCAGAAUAAUGGGAUUUCUACAUAUUUGCUAACUCUGCAUCAGAGCCCGUUUUGUCGUCAUAGUUCAGCACUUCAUUUCACUCCCAUGUUCUUUAAAUACCAGAUUAGAUAAAAGCAACAAACCUUUUUUUUUUUUUUUUUUUUUUUUAGAUACAGUGACACCUGGGAUUAAAGUCAGCACGUCUUCACACAUUUGAGCGAGUCUAGAGAGAAGGCUACUGUGUUGAUUGGUUUGAGAAGUGUGUAGAUAACAGAUUAUCUCGGCUCGUACAGUACGUCUCUAGAUGAGAUCACCUUCGACCCCACGCCGGCUGUGUUGUGACUGUUUUCACCGCAACCAAAUAUUCUUCAGCACUGAAGUGAUUUAAUGUUGUUUUUUUUUGGACCUGUUUCAGUAUGACGUUCAGCUGUAUUCUCACAUCAUUUUAACACACAAGAGCACAACACUCUAAAACAUGCCGGUACACUACAGACAGACAGAAGAACGCAGCUUAAAGGGAAGUGUAUCCGAGGGUUUUGAAGUGCUCUUGAAAACCCCUUAAAUGGAAUCUUGUGAUCUUUUAUUCAUUUUUCGGUGGACACUUUUACUAAAAACAAAAAGUGACUUUGUGUAAAUAUUGGUGGCAUUGAAUGAGUUAGAAAGAGGUGCUUGGUUUAACGUAUUGAGUCGACACAUAUUUUCAGUGUGAGCUGCGAAAAAAAAAAAAAAAAAACCUAUUUUCCUGAAAUUUAAACUGCUUGUAAGCAAAGAAGUGCCACAGAUUGAUACGAAAACAUUCCACCUGUACCUGCCUGGAGUUGUCUUUACCCUGCAGCCACACUGGACAUGGAGGCAUUUUGAAUUGGAGUAAUUUAUCUCUUUUAAAUGAGGAAAUAUUAACACACACCCUCCACAUUUGAAACAGCAUGUACCUUGUAUUUCAGCCCCAGUUUAAGGGUUUCUUUCUGGACAACCAGACGGUGGAAUGGUAAUGACUGUCCAGGCUUUUUAUUGGGAAAACACUGCUCUGACCUCUACAAUGCAGUUAAAUCACAUUCCAGAUGAGGGGGAAGCUUUAACCUCUGACCCUCUUGCAAAGACACAAAGCAGCAGAAAAACAUUUAAAAAAAACAAACAAACCGUGCAACAUGAGGCAGCUUUGGAACUUUAAAAAAAAAAAAAAAGCAUUGGUUAUAAUAACACAGCAGCUAUAUUUGUAGGUUUUCUGAUAAUUCGUCGUCUUUUCUCUGUGAUCUAGUUGCGAAAAAGUGGGAUUUAUUGUGGCGUCCGCUUGGAUAUUUUAUUUUUGACGUUUAAAGGUAACACCACUACAAAUCAAGUUUUGAGCCACCAUUUCAUUUUUUUUUUGGUGCUGUUCGCUCCAAGUUUAACCUCUUUUUCGGGAGGUCCGGGCUCUGUUUUAACCAAUCACAGGAGCUUUGACAGCAGCAAGGGGUUGGUUUUCCAAAAUGUUGAAUUUUUCAUGAUAUAAAUAAAGAAUAAAAAAACUCAGAAAUGAGUGUCUUGCCAUCAGAAAUCUUUAUUUAGUUGAAAAAGAUAGCACAGACUGAAAGAAAAGUCAAAUGAAAGUUUUAAGUUGUCACCAUGGCAACUCCGUAACGUCACACUAAGCAGCUGAUGAUGAUUCUACGCCAGCUGAUCAUAAUACUGUCAGGGAUUUCAACGUGGUAACAUUAUGGAGGACAGUGUUAUGUAAAAAAAACACUAAA